ACAGUAAAAACCCGAGUGAUUACCAAUGAUUAUACCGGAAGACUCCGAAUCCACCGCGUUUACGCCACCGCCAUCAACCCGUCACCAAGCAAUCAAAGCAGCCAUUCCGAUUCUGUCUUCCAUUCCCCUCUCCUCUCCAUUUAUUUAUUCAUUCAUUCACUCGUUUCCUUUACUUCGCCUCUCUCAGCUUGGCUUGCUCGCUUUCAUAUUUGCCCUUUUUAAAACAACCAGUUCGCUUUCAUGAUCCUUCACUCCACUUACUAAUCUCACACUUACUCUCUGCUUGCCUGCUGCUCAAACUAGUGCAGAAAGGGGAAAGACCCCAUUCUUUCAGGGGAGCUCCCAAAACUAAUACAAUGGGCAUCAAGGACAAUCCGAAUGGGAUCAGAUCACGAAGCCCGAUAUCGAUAUUCCUUGUCAUGUGCUUGUGCUGUUUCUUUUACCUCUUGGGGACAUGGCAGAGAAGUGGGUUUGGGAAAGGAGACACCAUAGCCAGGGAGAUAGCUCAACAAGAAGAUUGUGACGUUGUAAAAAAUCUGAACUUUGACUCGCAUCACAGCAUCGAGAUAAUGGAGCAGUCCAAAGUCGUGGGCAAGGUGUACAAGCCGUGUGAUGUUAAGUACACGGACUACACACCUUGUCAGGAGCAAGAUCGGGCGAUGAAGUUCCCAAGGGAGAAUAUGGCGUACAGGGAGAGGCACUGUCCUCCAGAAGAGGAGAAAUUGCGCUGCCUAAUACCUGCUCCCAAGGGAUACACCGCACCAUUUCCAUGGCCAAAGAGUCGUGACUACGUGUACUAUGCUAAUGUUCCGUUUAAGAGCUUGACUGUGGAGAAAGCUAAUCAGAACUGGGUCGAGUAUCAGGGCAACGUGUUCAAGUUUCCAGGAGGUGGGACCAUGUUUCCACAGGGCGCUGAUGCUUACAUCGAUGAGCUAGCUUCGGUUAUACCGAUAGCAGAUGGCUCGGUUAGAACAGCACUCGAUACUGGAUGUGGGGUUGCAAGCUGGGGAGCUUAUAUGCUGAAGAGAAAUGUGUUGCCUAUGUCUUUUGCACCUCGCGAUAAUCAUGAAGCACAAGUGCAAUUUGCUUUGGAGAGAGGCGUGCCAGCUGUUAUUGGGGUUCUUGGGACAAUGCAUCUUCCAUACCCAUCAAGAGCCUUUGAUAUGGCACAGUGCUCUAGAUGUUUGAUUCCAUGGACGGCCAAUGAGGGAAUCUAUUUGAUGGAAGUUGAUCGAGUUCUUAGACCAGGAGGAUACUGGGUCCUUUCUGGUCCUCCCAUCAACUGGAAGACCUACUACAAGACGUGGAAACGAACUAAGCAGGAUCUCCAGGCUGAGCAGAAGAGGAUCGAAGAUCUUGCUGAAAGCCUUUGCUGGGAGAAGAAGUAUGAGAAGGGUGAUGUUGCUAUCUGGAGGAAAAUGUCUAGUGAUGAAAACUGCAGUAGCAAGAAGUCUGUCAACUUGUGUAAUUCAGCGGACACUGAUGAUGUCUGGUACAAGGAAAUGGAGAAGUGCAAAACCCCUUACCCUGAAACUGGAGGUGCUGCCGAGCUAAAGAAGUUCCCUGAGAGGCUAUUUGCAGUGCCUUCCCGCGUAUCAGAUGGGCUCGUGGAUGGAGUAACAGCAGAGUCUUACCUAGAGGACAAUCAACUCUGGAAGAAGCGUGUAAAGGGUUACAAGAGAAUCAAUAGGUUGAUUGGCACAGGAAGGUACAGGAAUGUGAUGGACAUGAAUGCUGGACUUGGUGGAUUCGCAGCAGCACUUGAAUCGCCCAAAUCCUGGGUGAUGAAUGUCGUGCCUACGAUCGAGAAGAACACAUUGGGUGUUGUUUAUGAACGAGGGUUGAUUGGAAUAUAUCACGACUGGUGUGAGGGAUUUUCGACAUACCCAAGGACGUACGAUCUUAUUCAUGCCGACCACUUGUUUAGCUUGUACAAGAACAAGUAAGCGCAAUUGUGUCUCCUUCUUUGCACUUACUUCUAAACACAGUUUCCAUUUCCUUACCAACAAGUUGAAAAGGCCCUUGAUUUCCAUUCUUCGGUAUCAAUUGAGAAACUAAAUUCAUUUUAGCCAAUUCCUAAACCAUCCCAGCGGCUUUCGUUGUAGGAUUGUGCUUGGCUGUGUAGGAAUCAUUAAACAUACAACCUGCUACGACUUCUCCAUGUCAAUACCACUACUUGAAUUGAACUCACAACUCUUAAACACGUACUUGAUCAACUGUGUGCCAACCUGUGGGUGAUAACAACAGGUGCAAUCUUGAAGACAUACUUCUGGAAAUGGACCGAAUCCUGCGGCCAGAAGGCACAGUAUUGAUAAGAGACGAGGUCGAUGUGCUGAACGAGGUGAUGAGCAUUAGCAACGGCAUGAGAUGGGAUACGAGAAUGCUGGAUCAUGAAGACGGCCCCCUUGUCCCCGAGAAAAUACUGGUUGGUGUCAAACAGUACUGGGUUGGCAGCUCCAGUAACAACAGCACAGAACCUGAUGAACAAUAGGCCAUCAAAGACGGGGAGGAUUGAAGAAGCAUAAACUGCUGUGUGAAUCCGAAAAAGACCGAACUUCGAUUCAAAAGAAAGAAAGUAGGUUCCACGAAAUGGUAAGAAAUGCCAGAAUGCAGGAUGCUUAGCAGUGAUUCAAUUGGUAUGGAAGCAGCAUGAUGCAGAAGGGGGGAAAAGUGAAAACCCUUCAUGGGUGGCAAUGCAUAGUUAAUUUAUUCCAUUGUUUGAUUUUAUAUAUGCAGUAGAUGUGAUUUGGGAACUAUGUUGGAUACAAUUUACAGAUCAAUAUUGAUUUGCCUGAAUGUUGUCUUAGUGGUUGCUGCCCAAAAUGGGGUUAGCAUCAAUCAUGAAAGCUCUGAAUUUUCUUCAUCUAUGUCUGCUCUGUAGUACCCAUAUAUAUUUUUCCUCAUACUGAUCGUCGAAUGAUGUUAUUCUAGCAACGAAGAAUAAGAAGCCAACUGGAGAGGUUGAGCUGGCAAUUUGUGGGUCCCAC